AUGUUCAAUAUCGACAUUUCCCUCCGGGGUAAUGUUCUCCCAAAUUUGUUGAUAAUAUUCCUCCUAUCUGUACUUUUUCUUCUGAAAAUACUGAAAACACUGAAUACACCAAUUAAUCCCAAAGGAUGUCGUCGCCUAGGACUUCCGCCAGGCCAGAGCAAUCUGGACGAUGAGUUCGACUCAAAGUAUAGCCAAGGCCUACCCAGCGAUCAAGAUGAUCACGGUCGCCCAUCCUGGCGCGUGAAAGCAUUGUUCACCUACCCGCUCAAAUCAUGUGGUGCAAUCGAGCUGCAAGCGUCGAAUGUCAUACCAACUGGGCUUGAAUUCGAUAGACAAUUCGUCUUUGCAGAGUAUAACAACGAUGAAUGGAACAUUCGCACCCUGCGUAAUGCAGGCUUCAACCGUCUCGCCUUGAUACAUCCGGAGAUCUGGGUUCCCGACCCAUCUUCUCCAAACUAUGAUGCAGACCUACCAGAAGUCAAGUCGCAAGGUGUGAUGCUGAUAUCAUAUCCACGAAUGCCGUCAGCAGGAUGGAAGGGUCUACCGAUCAAGGUCGGCAUGGCACUCAAGUUCCUAAACAGCCGGCAGACAUUCCAAGUCCCGCUGCUCCCACCAGCGGACUCCAUGUUCCCACUAGUCCCAGUCAAGAUCUGGAAAGACAAACCUCUAGCCCAUGACUACGGCAAGCUGCUCCCAGCAUCACUACACGCAUAUCUAAGGUCCGACCCCUCAAGAAACACCCUGACACUCUUCCGCGCCAGCGCCCCCCACUCGCGGCAGAUCUUCCGUAAUGCACCGCGCAAAGAAGACAUAGGCUUCCAGCCAAAUACUGCCUUUGCAGAUGCGUAUCCAAUCCACCUGCUCAGCAUCGCCAGUCAUCGGGAUGUAGCAGCACGCUGCGCCUAUGCAAUUCCACGACUGAGUAUCCGUCGCUUCCGCGCGAAUAUCAUCGUCCAAGGCCCGUCUGCUUUUGAGGAAGAUCACUGGAAGCGACUCGCUAUUGGUGGUACGGAGAUCCACGCUUCUUGUCGGACUGUUCGGUGUCGACUGCCCAAUGUUGAUCCCUUGUCUGGGGAUAGACAUAAGGCUGAGCCAGAUAGGACAUUGAAAUCAUAUCGUCGGAUUGAUGAUGGGGAUCGGACUAAUGCGUGCUUGGGGAUGCAGCUUGUCCCUGCGAAGGAGGAGUUUGUGGUUAGGGUUGGGGAUCCCGUUGAGGUGCUCGAGACUGGGGUGCAUCAGUAUAUUAAGAUGUUGGCUCCUGGGGAGAAGGUUGAGGGGGUAUAG